CGACCGCAGCGCCAACAAUUGGUCUGGUAGACAAAAUUCAAACAGGUAACUUCCGGUGGAAGCAGGGCGUGGAGGCGGUCUGUAGGAAAGAUGCCUAUUAAUGGAUUCUUAAUUUUUUCACUCUGUUAUUUAUACUUUUCUUCAUUAGCUUUUUGUAAAGAUUGUCCGAAAGAAUGGGUUUCGCACAGAGAGUCUUGUUACAAAUUCAUACGUUCGCCCCUGAAUGCUUUCGAGUCCGCUCGAUCCAAGUGCCGAACUUACAAUUCUGACCUGGUGUCUGUGAAUUCUUUCAUGGAGCACGAAUUCAUUUCGAGCUGGCUAAAGGAACAUGAUCCCCAGCACUACAGAUGGUACACGAGUGGCAUUAGCGAUGACGACAAUUCUUGGAUUUGGGAAGGUGAUAAUACUAAAUUUAGCAACAUCGAUUUACUUUUGAAUCCUUUAAAUGAAUUGGGUUAUGGAAGACGCGUGGUUUAUAAUUAUUCUACUUCUGCAAACAAAUGGGGAUUGAGCAGAGUCCUUCCACAAGAAGAAUUACCUUAUAUUUGUGAAAUUCCUUUAGAAGACCUUGAUAAUAUAAUUCUUAUGGAGAGAGAUAUCAGUUACGGUGUAUUAGUCACCGACGAAGAGAAAGUGCCAAGGGGUCCGUAUUUUAUCGAAGAACCCAAAUCUGUAAUAUUUGCUCAAAGUGAUAGAGAUAACGUGGCCACAUUGAGGUGCGUCGCCAAGGGUUAUCCACCGCCUACUUACAUUUGGUAUCAGGUAGAAUAUCAUCACGAUGAAAUGGUCAGUAAAAAAAUUGACCCCCUCUCUGAUUAUCGAUAUACACAGACCGAUGGAAUUCUGAUGAUUCUCGAUCCGGAUCAGUCUACCGACAAAGGAAAAUAUUAUUGCUCUGCCACGAAUAAAUUUGGUACCAUAAUUAGUCAAAUUGUGUCUUUGGAUUUUGGAACCAUUCCGGAAUUUAACAGGAAGAGAUCGGCGGAAUAUGGAAAAGAAAACUGGGGAAAAUCGAUAUCCUGCGAUCCGCCUCAAGUCUAUCCACGUGUAAAUUAUUAUUGGAAUAGAAAUAAGUUUCCGAAUUUUGUGGAAGAAGAUCAGAGAGUUUUUGCAUCAUUUGACGGAAAUUUAUACUUUUCUUCACUGGAGAAAACAGAUCAGGCCAAUUAUUCUUGUGCCGUUCAGAGUGUAAUAGCUCCAGCUGGGCGUACAGGACCAUUUUUCCAACUGAUAGUUGGCCCCGCAUGUAAGUUCUGUAUAUUUCAUUAA